AGGAGCGGGGCGGGGAGGGCUGGGCCGGGGCUGGGAGGGGGGGGGGGCGGCUGAGGAGGAGGAAGAGGAGGAGGAGGAAGGAGGACGAGGCCCGGCCCCGCUCCGCCGCACCGGGGCCGGCCCCGGCAGCGCGGCCGAGCCUGGAGAGCGGCCCCAGGUUUUACCAAGAGACAGUACAUCUAACACUUAACUUGGAUCAUCUCUUGUUCAUCAGCUUGAGAAUCAUAACAGCCCCCAAAACUGACAUUUGAUCUGAAAGAGAAAGCUGUGACAAAUGGACAAUAUGUCUAUUACUAACACGCCAACAAGUAAUGAUGCUUGUCUGAGCAUUGUUCACAGCUUGAUGUGCCAUCGCCAAGGUGGAGAGAGUGAAACUUUUGCCAAACGGGCAAUUGAAAGUUUAGUUAAAAAGCUAAAGGAGAAAAAAGAUGAAUUGGAUUCUUUGAUUACAGCUAUAACCACAAAUGGAGCUCAUCCUAGCAAGUGCGUUACAAUACAGAGAACGCUGGAUGGGAGGCUUCAGGUGGCCGGUCGCAAGGGAUUCCCUCAUGUGAUUUACGCUCGUCUUUGGAGGUGGCCCGAUCUUCAUAAAAAUGAACUCAAGCAUGUUAAAUAUUGUCAGUAUGCUUUUGACUUAAAAUGUGACAGUGUCUGUGUAAAUCCUUACCAUUAUGAGCGUGUAGUAUCGCCUGGCAUCGAUCUCUCAGGACUGACACUACAGAGUUCUGCCCCAUCAAGCAUGUUGGUGAAAGACGAAUACGUUCACGAUUACGAGGCGCAGCCGUCGUUGUCUUCAGCUGAAGGACAUUCAGUCCAAACCAUCCAGCACCCGCCGAGUAACAGGGCAUCUACGGAGCCUUACAGCACCCCAGCCAUGUUAGCUCCCACCGAGGCUAGCACUACCAGCACCACUAACUUUCCCAACAUUCCUGUGGCUUCAACAAGUUGCACAUAGGGAAAGGGGUGCAGCUGGAGUGCAAAGGAGAAGGUGACGUGUGGGUUCGAUGCCUCAGUGACCACGCGGUCUUCGUUCAGAGCUACUACCUGGACAGAGAAGCAGGGCGUGCGCCAGGGGAUGCUGUUCACAAGAUUUACCCAAGUGCAUACAUAAAGGUGUUUGAUUUACGCCAGUGUCAUCGUCAGAUGCAGCAGCAGGCUGCCACUGCUCAAGCCGCCGCUGCUGCUCAAGCUGCAGCAGUAGCAGGAAACAUCCCCGGCCCAGGAUCAGUAGGUGGAAUAGCCCCAGCCAUUAGUUUGUCAGCUGCUGCUGGAAUCGGCGUAGAUGACCUCCGCCGCUUGUGCAUACUCAGGAUGAGUUUUGUAAAAGGUUGGGGACCUGAUUACCCGAGACAGAGCAUCAAAGAGACACCGUGCUGGAUUGAAAUUCACUUGCACCGUGCCCUCCAGCUUCUAGACGAAGUACUUCAUACCAUGCCUAUCGCCGACCCACAACCUUUAGACUGAGAUUCCCUCUGCUGCACUGCUGUGGGCCGUUAUGUUGUGAGGCUGGUGGAUUGUAAAAUACAACUCUUGUUUAUAACCUGAAGAUAUAUUUUACUUUUUGUUCUGCUUAAUCUUCGAAAAACCGGGUUUUAAAAAUGUGUUUGCCGCCUUGCUCUUAGCAGAAAGAACCUGAACAUGCAGAAUUUGGAUUUCAGUUAUGUUUCAGAACUUAAUUGUCAUGAUACGUGGCUCAGGGCUUGAAGUGAAAGGGAAACGCCUUACAGAGAGACCUUACAGUAUUGGGGUUGUGCCCUUUGAAACUUUUCCUUCUCUAUCACGGCCUCUUGGGUGAGAAGCCUCACAGGAGCCUUUUGUAUGCAGAAUAUAUAUUAUAUAUAUAUUUAUAUCUGAAAAUUCCUUCUAAGAAUUAUUUACGUGACAGCAACUAAAUUCCAGCUGAUUUGGGAUGUUCUUUUUAGGGAACAAGAGUUACCGGAAGACUUUUUCUUUAUUUUGUCGCCUAUCUCGGUAUGAUUUUUCCAGAUUAAAAGGUAGAAGCUGCCAAAAAAAAAAAAAAGAAAGCAAAAAAAAAGUGAGGGAUGAGACGUGCAUUGAUUAAAAAUAGCAAGGAAAAGAAACGUCGCUUUUCCUUCACUAGUUUUUAAAAAAGAGAUCUUAGAUUUUUAUUUCUAUGGACACGUGAGUUUUAAAACACUAAAAGAAACGGAUGCUCUCAGUGCUGGCACUCAGCUCAAAUAUCACGAAAUACCCUUUCUGCGAAGGCGCCACGGAAAUUGCGGAACGAGAACCUGAUGGCAGGAACACAUUUUCAUAACUACCGCUGAUUUUACUCGCGUGCCACUUGGCAGGUCUUUUAAACGCCACAAAAGCAAAGUUUGCGCGACUCUUUUUACUCGCAUCCGCCAUUCGAUCACGUGCGAAAUGACAUCGAUCGUUUAGGAUCCAGUUUUUGUAUCCGUUCACCAUUUCCACUCAGGGCAAGAUGGCAAACCUGUUUUUAUACCUCUCGGUUCUUUUAAGCCCUCUGCCAUCAACGACCGUAUCAAUUGGCAAUGACUUUGUAUAGAGAAUUUAUAGUAGAAAACAAACAAAAAAAAAUGCAAAUGUAUUGACUGUAUGACAGAUACAAUAUGUAUGCUUUCUCUCUAGUUAAUAGUAUAAAUAAAACUAUGAAAACCCUGAGUUUUUAUAAAUCCAGUUGGCUUUUUUUAUGUAAUUCUGCACCUUGGAACCGUUGAAGGAUGGAUUGACUUUUCCUUCGCCAGCCCAGCAGCAGCAGGAAUUUGUGGGGGUUGACGUCUGCCAGGAAGCGAGUCCAAUUUUUCUUCCUUCCCCUGCUUCUCCCUACAGGAGGAUUUCUCUUUCUUGGGGCUGUGACACGCAGCGUUGAGGUGUUGCUGCCCCCACGUGCUGAAAUUCUUGGGAAAGGAGUCGGCAGUCGGUGGUUCUGCUCCACAAACACAGCACAGAGGACAGAUGACACCAGAGCGAUGCCCAGAACUGGAUGAAUUUUCUCAGUAUGAACACUUCUUCACACUAAUUCCUACAGAAAUCCCAUUUUCUUCUCCUCUCUCUGGCUUCUUGAUGUUUGGAAAAAUCAGCGUUCGCUUUCCUCGAAGCCUUAAAUUGAAAACCUUUUUCAUUUUCCCUUCUCUCCUAACGAUCUCGUUUGUCAGCGCAGCUGCAGCUUUUCAGGAACGCCUGAAUCAGAGGAUUCUGACUGCAUCCUUAGAGAAAUUUCUAACUAACCAGGGAAAAUACGUAGCAGGGUUACGCUUCCCAACAGGAAACUUGCUUCGGUGGACGACGACGGUAUUUGGAUGGCCAGGAGCAUCAGAGGAGUUCAUCAGAAUCAAGAAAUCGCGCUCCACACCAGAAGAAAUCCAAACAUCGUGUCAGGCAGUUGAAAUAUUCUUUUUUUUUUUAAAUAUUCCUUUUUUUUCUCUUUGUUUCUUACGACAAGGCGUAAAAGCCAGCGCCGAACGGCUUGCAAAAACCCUCCGGCAGCACCUCGAGUCUCUGCCAGUUCUGCGUUUGUGGCUUUUUUAGGGCUUCACAAACGGGGGCUUCUUUCUUUUGGGGCUUUCUGGUGAGCUUUGGUAGCGCUGCCGAGGUGGAACGGAGCUGGAUUGAGAGCCACCAAGCACCCACAACCCAAAACUCACCGUAAAAGGGGUUUUUUUUGGGGCAGGAAAGCCUGGUUCCACGUUUAUCCUUUCAGCCAUUGCCUUUUGAUAAGCGGUCAACCGAAUUCCCAGUAGUUCCUUUGUAGCUUUCCUGUACGUUUGUUUUUUUUUUUUUCAUUAGCCCUAGUUUGUGGAUAAUAUCCUGUAGUUAACUCGGCGGAAAUUCUGUACCAGAGUAUGUUUUUGAUUAAAAAAGGUAAAGAUU